GCGGCUUUUUGUUUUGGUUUGGGUAGAUUGUACUAGCAGUAUUAGACAUACUACUAGUUUGAGACAGUUCGAAAAAAAGGCAUUGGUUUGAGACAUGUUUCUUUUUUCUUAUAGUUGCUAGUUGUGGUAGUCAACUUUCGAUCACAACUUAACAACCGUGUUCAUUGCUGCUUAAAUUAUGGCCACACGUUCAGCUAAUGAAGACAUCCGCAAGGUCUUGUUCAAAGAGAAGCCGCAGUAUGUGAUCGGCACAGUAGCUUCUCAGAAAACUUCCGACCUACUAUCAACGAAGGCGGGCAUACAGUUUGAACACGAUGUCGAAGUCAGCCAGAGCUCAUUGGAGAAAGAACUGCACGAACAAAGGCUCCAAAAGUUGCGAGCAAUAAGCGAAAAGCUCAAGGAGGAUGCCUGGAAGUAUGAGCCGAUUGAGAAACUGCUUGGCAUGUAGACAUCAAUUCAUCAUUCAACCUCAUGCCACCCUGCCUGUGGCAUCCCUGCUGUUUUCCAUUCCUCAUCCAUUCAUCUGCUGCUAAACAGCAUGGGUUUUCACGACAUCACCAGUGGGGCACGAACGUCUAUACAUAAUGACAAAGCAACUGGCUUCACAUGUUCACCGAGCGCGAUUCAUCCAUUUGUGACCUCCACGAACAGCAUGCACCACCGUGCCUAUCCGCAGGCAUAGUCAGGGCUGUACCCACAGCUCAGCAAGAACUGUAAACGCAGAAUUGCUGCUUGUUUUAUGGCACAGACAUGUCAUAUUGUGAUUAAAUAAAAUUCUCAUAUGCGAAGAAA